UUCCUUUCCAUCCCUUUCGCUAAAUGCUCAUUUCAUUUGCUUUAUUCUCCAAUUGUCAGGUCCACGUAUAAUCCAACCACGCAACAACCUGUAGUGUAGCCAAAUACAAAACGCUAUACCAAAUCCCUGCCUUGGGAAGUAAGUGGGAAAGGGCGGAGAUACAGAAGAAGAGUGUCUACCUCCAUCGUUCACUUCAAUACUCCCCUAAAUUCGCAUACAAAAAAGCCAACCCAGUACCAGUACCCUCUCCCUCGAUCCUUUAAACUUUGAUCCCUUUCUUGUUGCUCCCUCCCGCCAAUUCUCACUCUAUUAUUGCCGCCCUCAAUCCAAAUAUGGUCGAGGCGAUAUGUUUGAUUCCAGCAGUUCGUAGAGUUUGAGUUUUUGGUCAGUUUAGGAGUCAUGUUAUCAGUUAUUGCGUAUUUGUUUCUGUUAUUUGUUGCCAUUAUUUCUGUUUCUGUUCUUCUCCGGCUGUUCUUGUACCGGACUGCUUUGAUUUACCUUUUCAACAAUUGGGUUCAAUGGGUUGAGGACAGAGUCCACGUUCAUCAGUUCUUCAAGGUGCCCGAAUUGAAUGAGAAUUUUCAGGAGAAUCAAUUUUAUGCAAAAGUUUAUUCUUACUUGAAUUCCUUGGCUUCCAUUGAGGAUUCCGACUUCACCAAUCUGUUCGCCGGGAAAAAAUCGAACGAAAUCGUUCUUGGCAUCGAUGAUAAUCAGGUGAUUCAGGAUGAAUUUCUCGGAGUGAGAGUGUCGUGGAGGAACGAGAUUGCGAAAGGCGGUGAAAACAGUUGCAGGACUUUUGUGUUGAGGAUGAAAAGGAAGGACAAGCGCCGGAUUCUGAGACCGUAUUUCCAACACAUUCACACGGUCUCCGAUGAGAUUGAACAGAGGCGGAGACAGGUGAAGCUUUACAUCAAUACGCAGUUCGAUCGUCAGAGCAGCGGAAGGUGGCGAUCGGUUCCGUUCGCGCACCCCUCAACACUCGAAACGAUCGCCAUGGACUCCAAUUUGAAGAGCAAGGUCAAGUCCGACCUCGAAUCGUUUCUCAAGUCCAAACAAUACUAUCACCGGCUCGGCCGCGUAUGGAAGCGAAGUUACCUACUCUACGGCCCCUCAGGUACCGGAAAAUCAAGCUUUGUCGCCGCCAUGGCGAACUUCCUGUUAUACGACGUCUACAACGUUGAUCUCUCCAGAGUCUCCGGCGAUUCCGAUCUGAAAAUGAUUUUGCUGCAAACAAGGAACAAAUCAAUCAUUGUAGUUGAAGAUCUCGAUCUGUUCCUAACGGAGAAAUCAACGGCGCUGACAUUGUCCGGCUUGCUGAACUUCAUGGACGGAAUAGUCAACUCUUGCUCUGGAAAUGAGAAACUGAUGGUGUUCACAAUGAGCAGCAAAGAAGAGAUCGAUCCGGCGUUUCUCAGGCCGGGACGAAUCGAUGUUCACAUACAUUUUCCUCUCUGCGAUUUCAAUUCUUUCAAGAGUUUGGCACACAGCUACCUAGGGGUCAGGGACCACAAGCUGUUCCCGCAAGUCGAGGAGGUGUUUCAGACCGGCGCGACGUUGAGCCCGGCGGAGAUGGGAGAGAUCAUGAUCGCCCACAGGAGCUCCCCCAGCCGUGCUCUGAAGUCGGUGAUUUCGGCUCUACACGUGAACGGACAGCGGCUGAGCGAGAGCGCUUCGGCGAGAUCGCCGGGCGACGACUCUUUCUGUUUCGAUAGAUCCAAGGACAGUGCGGCACCGGUGAAGGAGUUACGCAACCUUUACGGUCUACUGAAAUUAAAGGCCUCUAACAAAAUCGGAGCGUCCGAUCGUGAAUCAUCAUCAUAAGGUGAUAAAGGGUUUACCGUAGAUGUUAGCUGUUUUUCUCUCUUUUUGACCUUUCCUUAAAUCUGGAAUAUUUCUUUUUGUUGCACAGCACGAUAAUAAUAUUUAUUCGUCUAAACAAUUUUGUGAUUAAUAACAAAAAAAUAAUUCAUUUAG